AUUGAUACACUUGAGGUAUCUUGACUUAUCUGGGCACAGGAGUUUAAUGAAAUUACCGAGGGCCAUGAGUAGGUUAUACAACCUGCAAACCUUGAGACUUGUUGGUUGCUUGGGUCUCCAGAAAAUAGAUGUGACAAUGCUCAUUAACUUGAGGCAUCUUUAUGUAGAUGAUUCCCUGGGUUUAAUUAAAGGGAUUGGGAAUUUAACAGAUCUGCAAACGCUUGAUGGUUUUUAUGUCCCAUUUUGGGGUGAUGAAGCAAACAAGUUGGAAGAUCUGAAAGACUUGAACCAGCUUCGGAGUCUUUCUAUUCUGAUUUUGGGAAAAUCAAUCGUGGUAGAGAAGUCUUCAAUCAUGGUGAACAAGGCGCGCCUCCUACGAUUGGAGCUACAGUUCUAUUGUCCAGAUCGGCCAAGAGAAGUUAUGGAUGGGUUAGAGCCGCCUCCAGGUUUGGAAUCUUUAAUCAUCAGGUGGUAUGGAGGAGGUGCUUUCUCCGAUUGGUUGUGGUCUUUACAUUGCUUGAGAGUCCUCACCCUUCGAUUGUGCCACUGUGGGUUUUUGCCUCCUUUAGGGAAACUGGCGUCCCUUGAAUCAUUGAAUAUUGAGUGCCUGAGUAAAGUUGAGAAGGUUGGAGUUGAGUUUUUGGGAAUAGAAGAAGCGCAAACCUCCUCCUCGUCUUCCAUUUUCACAUCAUUCCCCAAGCUCAGAGAAUUCACUAUCUUUAGGAUGGAGUCAUUGCAAGAGUGGGAAGAGGAGAAUUCUGUGAAUAUCACAAUCAUGCCAUGCCUCUCUCACUUGACAAUUACAUGGUGCAAGGAGCUGAAAGCACUGCCGGAAUUCCUGUGGAAGACACCUCUACAGAAAUUGAACAUCUGGGGAUCUCCAUUUCUCCAAGCCCUUUACAAACAAGGAGAAGGUGAGGAGUGGGCCAAGAUUUCUCACAUCCCUAGCAUCCAGAUAGAAGAAGACUAAUCUUUAAGGCUUCAGAUAGCUCUCUAGAAACUAGCACAUUUUCAGGAGGAAUGAGGCAUUUGUCCGAUGGUUUAUCAUAUUGUUAAUCUGCAUUGUGUAUUGGAGGGCAGAAGGACGAGUACAUCAGGCUUAAUUUGUAUCCCUUCAGAAGGAGGACCGGCAUAUGAAUGAUUACUUGCGCAUGUUCCGGAAGAGCUAUUGCACUAAACCAACCUCGGUCGCUCAAAUUUUUACCCAUCUGAGCCAUCUUAUUUCUUCGGCUUGGAUUUUUCAAGAUACUGCAAGUCAAGAUUUAAGGCCAGUCCACUUGUUCUGCUCGAAUCAAACCUUGAUGCAUUCAGAAUGGCAUCAGACUAUAUCAGCAUUUGGCAAUCAAGACUGUCAGGAGCUUAGGAGGUCACAAAAGGCAUCUGUUGGAGACAUGAUCUUACAGAAUUGAAGAAGGCAUGAUGGUACUAAAGGAGGCGGGAUCAUAGACCUUGCUCGUUGGUUAUGAUAUACUCUUUCCUCUUAUGCUGAAGCAUGAGUCCCUACCAGCCACAUCCAUCCUUGCGUUUGCACUUAAAGGCCAUCUAAAUUGCACAAGGCAAGCAAUUGCUGUAGGGAAAAUUUGGAGACUAGGCUUCAAGGCUCUGCUGGCUAGACUCCCCAAGAAAAUCAAGAUGAACAUGAAGAACAUAGCACCAACUCUACAACUCACACCAACACUAGGAAGCAUUUAAAAUGGCAUCCGAGAUGUAAAGGCUGGACUGUUGGAGCAAAACAUUUGAGGCACCCAAUUCCACCUACAUUGGAACAAGUUGUGGGGUGCCUAUGAGAGAUCAAAGAAUGGUAAUUGGAUUGUAGAAACAAAGUCUGCUUCAUUCACUUUUGUUUCCAGCCACUUGAACACUGGGAGAUUUAUUCCUUUUUUUUUCAGAGGACGGGGCAAGUAUACUCAUCAUCCAAUUCAAUAUUUAAUUUCAACAUCAGCCUAGAGAGAAAAACCACUGUAUCUUCCUUCUGCGGCUAAAUGGAACAUUCAGAAGCUAUAGGACGUAAUGAGUUAGUGAAGAACUUUUGACUAGACUUAUAGUUCACUGAAUGAUAGUUAUACUUCUACAAGGAGAAACCUUAAAACGCCAAGAGGCUCCUCAACAAGAUGCAUGCACGGUAGCAUUUUGCAUUCCAGAUUUUUUUAACUUUGCUUUGGUGAAACUCUUGAUUCUAUAUCCAAAAUCGGUACAAAGAGAUAAGACUAUAAGAGGAACCUUGGUACAAAAGCUUCAACACAGUUCCAUCUGCAAGAGAUGAAAUUGUCCAAAGUGAUGAGUACACUUCUGGAACACUAAGCAUAUGUGAUGAUAGAAGCUAAAUCUCCUGAAAAGAAGACCUGCAGGUCCUGCAACAGUGAUGAAUACUGCAUUAGUGCUAAUCAUAUUUUGUGGAUUGGGGAUUCUUUAUUUUUGUUCUACUUCAGUUGGGUUCUGUGGUACUCUUUUUCCCUUCGCCCCGGUAUUUUGUCCCACUGGGUUUUAACCGGGAAAGGUUUUGACGAG